AGGGCCCCGCUCGAGUCGCUCUGCGCCGUCAGUCAAACAAUCCGUUGGCUCGAAGCGCCGCACCGACAUUAAAACCGAUCUGAGAGCGGCGACGGUUCCCCGGAGCAACACAUUGACAGAGCGGGAGCGGUUUGGAGAGCGAGAAUGGCGGAUUCAUGCCCAGUCAGCACCGCGACGGUCGGGGCCGCAGGCUCCAACAGCGCCGCCGCCGCUGCUGCCGCUACCGCUGCCGCCCCGGCUGGCACGGUGGCGCAGGAUGGAGCGCCCGCAGCUGCGGGACUCAAGGCCGAGUCCGUGAAGGGACAGAUUUUCGAUGUGGGCCCCCGCUACACGAACCUGUCUUACAUCGGGGAGGGGGCGUACGGAAUGGUCUGCUCUGCUAACGACAACGUCUCAACCCAGCGCGUAGCCAUCAAGAAAAUCAGCCCGUUUGAGCACCAGACAUAUUGCCAGCGCACACUGAGGGAAAUCAAGAUCCUGCUGCGUUUCCACCAUGAGAAUAUCAUCGGCAUCAACGACAUUCUCAGGGCACGGAACAUUGACAGCAUGAGGGAUGUCUACAUCGUGCAGACCCUGAUGGAGACGGACCUGUACAAGCUGCUGAAGACCCAGAGGCUGAGCAACGACCACGUCUGCUAUUUCCUCUACCAGAUCCUGCGAGGCCUCAAGUACAUUCACUCGGCCAACGUGUUGCACCGUGACCUCAAGCCCUCCAACCUGCUCAUCAACACCACCUGCGACCUCAAGAUCUGUGAUUUUGGCCUGGCACGGAUAGCCGACCCUGAGCACGACCACACCGGGUUCUUGACAGAGUACGUGGCUACGCGUUGGUACAGGGCUCCAGAAAUCAUGCUCAACUCAAAGGGCUACUCCAAGUCCAUUGACAUCUGGUCAGUGGGCUGCAUCCUGGCGGAGAUGUUGUCCAACAGGCCCAUCUUCCCUGGGAAACACUACCUGGACCAGCUCAACCACAUCCUGGGCGUCCUCGGCUCUCCGUCUCAGGACGAUCUGAACUGCAUCAUCAACAUGAAGGCGAGGAACUACCUGCAGUCCCUCCCUCAUAAACCCAGAAUCCCCUGGGAGACGCUCUACAAGGCAGACUCAAAAGCUCUGGACCUGCUGGGCCGCAUGCUGACCUUUAACCCCGAGAAGCGCAUCAGCGUUGAGGAGGCCCUGGCUCAUCCUUACCUGGAGCAGUACUACGAUCCCUCAGACGAGCCGGUAGCAGAGGAGCCCUUCACUUUCUCCAUGGAACUGGACGACCUUCCCAAAGAGAAGCUGAAGGAACUGAUCUACGAGGAAACCGCUCGUUUCCAGGCAACCUACCAGGGCUCCUGAGACACACAGCCCUAAAGAGUGACAAAGCCACACAGAAGCUUUGAGCGAGAAGACUCCAAACGACAUGCUAAAACAAAAAGAAAAAAACCGCAUCUUCAAGAAACCGACAAAAAAAGAAAACAAGAAUUGAACAUUGAACUGCUUAUCUUUCCAUUUUCUACUGCAAGAGAGCUAAGUUAAUCUUUGAUUUUCUGUGGUUAGGAGGGGUGGUAGGGUCUGUUGUACUCGUACUGUUUCAGUUUUGUCCAUGUUGGACUCUCCCUCCUCUCGCCUCACAUUUGUUUUCCUGUUGGACGUCUUGCCUCAUCCUGUCCCGGCUCCAGUAACUCUCUGUCCCCUUCUCUCCUGCACCUGUUUCUGAUCCGUCAGUCUGAGCUCUCUCUGUCGCUGCCUCUCAUAUAAACUACUGUAUUAACCAACACCAUAACUCUCUUGUCUUGCUCAUGUAAAUUACAACCUGGAAAAAUCGAGGGCUAAAAGAAUGGGGAUGUUAAUCGGGUGUAUGUGUAUAUAAAAGCUUUUUUUUUUUUUUUCCUUCUUUGAAGUGUGCUCGUCGGAGUUGUUGUUUGUACACUGUUGUUCAAGUGUUUUCAGAUUAGUUCAGAGUCGUUUCUAUGUCUUGGGGUCUUUUUUUGUUUUUUUACACUUUAUUUUGAGACAAAUAUUCAAUGUUUUUCUGGCAUGUUGGCAGGUUUCUAGGUUUCUUCGUCGUCGCUCUUUCAAUUUUUUUGUUCUCUUCUUAAAAAAACAAACUGUAUGAUCAUACGAAUGCAUGCGUUCCUCAAAUCAACCAAAGUGGCAUAAAGAUGCAGGAAAUUUGGCUGGGAAGCAACAAAGGAAUCUCCAUCUGUCGUUUUGAAUCCUACCGUAGACACAUUUCUUGACCUUUGACCUUCGAAGGGCAGACGAACCGAACUCACCCUUCAUUUGUGGGAAUUCGGUUUUAUUCAGGAGGCGCAAAAUAGAAAUGAAAACGCAUUACGUCUGGUUUCUAUAAUUGUACCUUCAUUUCGAUAAAUGAUGCAUGCGGCCCAUUUUCCAGAACCUCGUUUGUUUAUAUGGUGGAUUCAGAAACGGGUCCAGCGUUACUGUUUCGUCCAUUUUUCGAGCCAAAACGCCCGUGUCUCAUUAAAAAAAAUAACACCAAAACCAAAUGGCUGAUCCAGUGUCAGUGCUCCGCUCCUUUACUCGAUUACAUUUCUGAUACACAUGCGUUGCAGCACAGCAGUGCAUUACUGGGAGCACCACUGAAGCGCUUGUUUCUCAGCUCCUCUUCAGCCUAAACUUCUCCGUGUUCAGAGCCACGAACACACGACACGAUGUUCUGGAAGAUGGGGCCAGGAUGACGUCAGCGUUUCCGUCCCGCCGCGCUGUAUCUCUGCGCCGCGUUUCCAUCGGCUACCGUUUGAUUCGGAACGCCUCCACCGCCCGGGGCCGAACACCUAAUCCCAUUCAUGAAUUCAAAGCGGCCGCACUUGAGCGAGGUCACGAGAAGUCCACUUUCCCAAACGAGCAUUUUCAGAUUAUCCUCUUUCUGGCUCAUUGACGCAAGUGUUUGAAUGUAAACGUCCGGAGCUACCGGAGUCUGUCGCUGCAGCUUAGUGUUCGCCAGUUGGGACUUUUUGUUGUUGUUGUUUUUACAAGAGCUCUUCUACAACUACAAAGAAAACUGUUUGCCGCUGGAAAAAAAAGUGUCAUGCAGGAUGGACGGCUUCACAUUUCAACAAGUUGCAUCUUUAAGACUGUUUGUUGUAUAUCAGAGCACUUCGAAAAGUCGUUUCCCAGUUGUAACUAUGACUUUGAUAUUGAUGUGAGUGUCAUUUAAAAACUAAAAACAAACAAAAACAUAAUAGUCAAACCCAGAGUGGAGUGCUGUGCAUCCAGCGCCACCUCCUGGUUGUGCCGUUUAUGACCCCCUCCCCCCCGUGUGUUUGCUUCGCUACCUGUGCACAUACUGGAUGUUUAUUCUGCAAUGUGGGUGAUUUUCAAUGCUACACGUUUCUUUGUGUGCAUGUGUAUUGCGUCUGUAGUCCCGCCUCCUCUCUGUUCUGGAUGUGGCCGCUCACGGCUGCUCGGUGGAGCGCCACCAGCGGGUCCAGCUCAGUCACCAGCUCAGUCUGCACUAAUUUAUGCCUGUUGCACUGGGACCAGUAGAGAAGCCCCCUUAAAAUGGACCAACACAUGCACUGGAUUCUCUCUCUCUCUCUCUCUCUCUCCCAGGGCAGGCCUGUGAUGCUAAUAGACUCUCGCUCGCCGGCUUCUCCCUCUCGCAGCAAAAAUGGUUAGUUUGUUUUUAUGGGCUGUUUUCUCAGAAGCCAUAGCCGGUGCGAGGCUUUCUGGUGCAUGUGGUGAUACGUGCAGACUUUUCUUCAACCUCCCGGCUCUCUCCACGCUUUACUCAAAGGGCUGCCUCCCCCCCCUCCCCACCCUUCCAUUCUCCUCCUCCCCCUAUAACUGACUUUGCCCCCACUUCUUUCCUCCCUCUGCCAGAAAAUCAUUGCCCCUGACUCCUGGAUCACAGAUCAUGGACGAUCACACAUGCAGGAAACUCGCAUAACUCAAUCAGCACGUCUGCACUUUGUCUUUCCAGCCACUCUGUGUGUGUGUGUGUGUGUGUGUGUGUGUGUGUGUGUGUGUGUGUGUGUGUGUGUGUGUUGCUCACUGAUCGUCUGCAGUAAUUUAUGGACACGUGUUUGUGUAUCUGCUCAUCAGUAACAUAAAGCCAAGACCUUUCUUUCUUCUUUCUCGUGUGUGUUGGGUCCUCCCUGCAGUUACCUGUGCGUUUUACGUUUUUCUUUUCAACAGGCACAAAAACAGUCGCACAGACAUUUUGUUUGCGUUUCCUGUGUGUAUUUGGCCACCAGUAACGAGGCCCAGCUUGCUUUCCUUUUUAAUUUUUUCCCCUCUCUCUCUCCAACCAACCUGCCAUCAGACCAAACAUCCCACUGGGUAACCAUGGGAACGAACCAAGAGGACCACAUUUUGCAAUCCUCCUGACACACACAUACACACAUACACACACACACACACAGACACUUCCUCUCUCUUUCUGAGGAGUGUUUCUGUGUGCUAGUGAGAAGUUGCACUUAAACACACCACAUGCAUUCACACAGUAUCGACCGUCAUUAGGCCUGUUUCCAGAUAUUGUUGUUUUUAAAUGGCUGUUCUUUAUUAUUGCUAUUGUUGUUGUUAUAUUGGUGAGUUGUUGUGUUUUCGUUUCUUUUUUUUCUUCUUUUUUACAUUAAAGGGAGUUAAAGUUGUAUCUAUUACAAAUUAGGUCGUUUUUAUUUGUAAUUUCUCUUCUGGGUGUGAUUAUUAUUGGCAGUGUUCAAUCUUGUUUUUUUGUUGAGUUCCCCUCCAAGAUCUUGUAAGGAAUUAUUUUAACAUAUACGUAGAUUGUGGAAGAGAUAUGAGUUAUUGAGGGUUAUAGUCUGUAUAUUCUAUGGGUAUUAUGAAUUAAACGAUUAACAAAGAAACGGAAUUAUAUACAUAUAAUUAAAUAAAAUUUCCUGAUACUGUUACAA